AUGGCUUUUUAUGAAGUUUAUUCUCAUCCAGCUUUGAUAAGAUACAAAACCAGUGUUUGCACGAAGGCCACAUUGUUUUUUGUCAUUGUUUUGUGUCUUACCUACAUCCCUCCACUCCUGGUUGCUUACAGAAGUCAAGGAUUUUGGCUGAAGCGAAGCACUUACGAAGAGCAGCCCCAUAUACGGUUCCAGUACCAAAUUCUGCUGACUGGAGCCACCAGCACUACUGGAGAUUACGUUGCGUGGAGUACCUAUCAUAAUUUCAAUCACUUGCUUGGCAGUAACCUUCGCAUCCCGUCUGUUUCGGUACAAGAGGAGGAUCUCAACCAGGAUGGAAAAUUUGAUCGACUGAGUCUCCAGUUGGAACUGCCGCUUAAACCAGAGGAGCAGAUAUACAGCAUCCAGCUGCUGCUGACCUUCUCAUAUCAGCUGUUUAGGAUGUCCACUGUUGUGAUGCAGACUCUGGUGUAUGUGCAGCAUUCUUCAUCAGUCCCAGGCUCUCAGCUCUUUGUCAGCGGUGACUUGCGUUUGUAUCAGCGAAUUCCUCUUCCUCACCGUGGCCUGCACACUGCUUACAAUGUGUCAGUCAUUGAUGGCACCAGCCCAUUUGCCAGUGCCUAUGACCUUGUCAAAAUUAUACAGGCAUAUCAGGAAAGAAAUUUGACUACAUACCUCUCCUGUCCCAGUCCCCUGUGGACAGUGGGUCGAGCCUCUGACGCACCUUUCCGGAUCAAUGCAGAGAUUCACUACCCACUAGAAAUAAUCAGCUAUCGUCCAGGGUUCUGGGAGACCAUAAAGUUUGCCUGGAUCCAGUAUGUGAGCGUGCUGCUCAUUUUUCUCUGGGUCUUUCAUCGGAUCCAGACUUUUGUUUUUCAAAACCAGGUUUUGCCCACUGUCCCUAUUCACCAAGUGAAAGAGCACCGGCCCUGA